AAUGGGGUAGUAUAAACGUGAAGUUAUUUUUACCUAAAGGAUAAACUUUUUAUCUAAUGUCUCCCUUUAGCUGGCUUUUAUGCCUUCUAAUGGAUAGACAUUUCUGGACCCUUCUAUGAACUUGAAAAAUAGAGGUGUAUUGGGAGUAUUGAUUUGAAUGAAUUUAUUUUGUUUUAGUUCAAUUAAUUUAAUGCAUUUUUUUCCUGUGUGUUUACAGGCGGGGUGUGAGUGGGUUUGGCUGGAUUCCAGACAAGGCUCUCCUGAUGACCCUGAGUCGAGCAAUGACUGCAGGUCCCUCUUGAGCUCUUGGGACUCCAGUCUGGAUCUUGACGCGGGCAGUUGGAGGGAAGCUGAGGGUGCAGGUGCAGAGGCUGAAGAGCUAGAGGACAGCAACCCAGAGAGAGAGUCUAGUGAGAUUCUUGUGGAAGAUGUGGAGAGUGAAGGGCCUCAGGAAGAGGCAGGACCAGACCCACACCUCCUCCAGCUCCUCUCUGAGGGGGAAGCUCAGCACGACUCAAAAGAGGAGGGUCAGGGUGACGGGGACACUUCCGCCCUAGAAGAACAGCCCCCUUUAGGUGACAAUGAUGAUGGGGUCAGCAUUCAGGAAGCUCCGCUGGUGGAUAUCCUGUACAACUGUGCUACCCCCUCAAAACUGAAUGACCUAAGCCAAGGUGAUCCUAUUCAGGAUCAUUCCCUAUUUAAGAAGACUCUUUUGCAAGUCUGGAAGAUGAUUGCCAGUCACAGGUUCAGCAGUCCAUUUCUGAAACCUGUGUCAGAAAAGCAGGCUCCAGGAUACAAAGAUGUGGUAAAAAGACCUAUGGACUUAACAACCCUGAAGAGGAACCUGUCUAAGGGACGCAUUCACACCAUGGCUGAAUUCCAGCGGGAUCUGAUGCUGAUGUUCCAAAACGCUGUGAUGUACAAUGACUCUAACCAUCACAUACACCACAUGGCUGUGGUGAUGCAGCGGGAGGUCUUGGAGCAGAUGCAGGUGCUGAGUACUUGGCUGGACAAGAGGAAGGACUUGAGCAGUCUGGAAUGAGUGCCGGCUAGUCCAGUGGACAAAGGAAGCCUGCUUUGUUAGCCUGGAUCUACGAGUCUGA